AUGGCAGCGUUGUUGGCCGUCGUACUGCUGACGAUGAUGUCGCCAAGAACAUAUCUGCGGAACCGAAAUUCUUUCAUACUCAGCAUCCGUCUGGCCAUGGCGUUAGGGAACACGCUAGCAGCGGGGAUCGCGCCGUACAACUGCCUAAUGGGAACCACCGCGCCGUACUACAUCCCACGGCACGUCACCACCCUGGCCGGCGACAAGGUUGGAUUCGGGGGGAUAUCGGCGGCGGCGCCGCCACCGCUGGGCGGCGGUUAUGAUGAUGUGCCGUACUGUCGCAGCGGCGACGACGGCGACGGUGGGUGCGCUCGGUUAGGCGGCGGCGGCGGCGGUGGUUUGUGGAUGUCUGCCGCUGGGAUGUCGCUGACUGCCGUACGGAUGAUGGUCAAUACCGGGCUGUUGUACGUGGCCCUCAAGGCCGUCAUCUGGGGACGGGAACGCAUGUACGACUACGACUACGACACAACAUCGAAGGCAGGGGCUUCGGUCUGGACGGCGGCGGCUUCACGCGCCGCAAGCGGGGGUCGGCGCCGGGACGGUGCUAGCGUCGCUCUCGCUGACCCGCAGGCGGCGGCGCAGCUGUCGACUCCGCGCGGUGCUAGUACGGCAUUACUGAUGUCGACGCCGCCGCCGCCGCCGGCACCGCCAGCAGGCAAUCAUGACGGUAGGUUUCGCAUUUUGCCGUCAUCGUCAUUGUCGCAUUCCGGUGGCGGCGCCGCCACGGUGGCGGCGGCAGCAGCGGUGUAUCCGCCGCGGCGUCGGGUGGAUGCGCUGUACGGCGGUGCCGUACAUCGCCGUGCUAUCUCGGGACGUACGUUAGGCUAUCGACCUGUGGUCACGUCGUACUACCUGAGCGUGAAGAGUAGCUCGCUGAUGUGCCGUACAGCGCUUUUGCCUAGUGUCCCUGUUCGAAUGCAUACAUACAUAUUGCGUUAUGGAGUGAGGGAAUUGAAACAACGGCUGCGGCCGCUUGUCGGCUUGCUGGCAGACCUAGAUCGUCGAGUUGGUGACAGUGAUGAUGGCGAUGGCGACGGCAACUCAGAUGACCGCUUUGUUGAAGCAGCGUUACGGUUGCGUCGCUGCGUUGCCGACGCCACCGUGGCGGCGGCGGCGGCGGCGAUGUCCUCUGGCCGCCGCCGCCGUAUCCUUGACCGCGACAAAUAUAAUGACGACACCGCCACCGCGAAGUGUAACGCCGCCGCCGCCGCCGCCGCCGCCGCCCAUCGUGUUGCUGCCGACAACAUCGAUGCCGCCGCUGCUAUGUCGUACACGACGCAUGCAUCACCGAUGUCGUCCCGGUCGCCGGCCGCUGCUGCCAUCGCCACACCGUCGUACAGCUGCCUGAGCAGUACGGCUGUCGUACGCGGCUGUGUGCACCUGUUAGGUGUGGUGACCAGCCUGUUUGGCUUCGCCACUACCGCUACCAGAGGCAACGGCGCCGCCGCCGCCGCCGCCACCGCUGCUGCUGUUUCCGCCAAAAGUCCUGUUGGCGGCAUGGCUCUGCCGUACCAUUUGGAGUUGCGCGGCUUGGAAAAUUUGGAAGAAGCAAGUGAACUGCUGAGCCAGGCGUUACUGGAGGCUGGUGAUGAUGGCGACAGCCCCGAUAGGGGCCGGUAUGAUGUCGUACACUCCCCCCGCAAUAUGACAUUUACGUUGUCGCCCGUGGCGGUGGCGGCCCCAGCGGAGCGCGGUACGGAGAUUGAGGUGGAGCUGCACAGAUGGGACCUUCUGUACGACAUGUACGGCGGCCGCGGUGGCGGCGGCGGCGGCGGCGUAAUGCCUGACACCGGUUGUGGUGGCAGCGGUGGUGAUGUAGCUUCUCAAGCCGCACGGCACGUCCGUGUCAUCGUUGUUGACACUGAUGGAGAUGCCGUACUGAUGGACGAGCAUGUAGAUUUUGAGCCGUACAUGUCGUACUUGAAAAAGCGUUUGGACGAGAGCACCGAGGCGGCUCGGUGCGAGCUGUCGUGUAGCAGCAGUGUCAGGCUGCGUCUUCCUGCGCCGACGCAACCGGGGAUGUCGUACAUCCACAUUCUACCAUCAUCGAUGUCGGCGUCGCCGUCCCUGCAAGCGCUCCCGUACACCACUGCCGCCGCCGCCGCCACCGCAGGUGACGGCCUGGCGACGGAAUGCAGCCUGUCCGGCCGUACACCACCAACGGCGGGGUCGUAUGGCCCGCUGGCGACGCUGCCGUUGCUCGUGAUGCCGACGGCGGCGGCAGCAGCGGAGAUGCGCACGCUGUACGACACUAUGGUCGAUGAUCUUCUGGAUCUACCGGUGACGGAGGCGGGAGAUGACGUCGCCGCCGCCGCUGUGGAAGAUGCCGCGGCUGCUGCAGUUUCCUACAGGUCUGAUUUGUAUUGCGAAGGCGGCGGCGGUGGAGGCAGCGGCGGUGGAGGCGGCGGCAUGCCUACACCGGCACAUGUUACAGCGUUUCAUCAACAUUUCGUUCCUUUCGCCAGUGACGUUGCCUACCUCACUUCGUGGCUUCAGAAGAAGGUCAUUAACAACAAUGCGCUAAGGAUUGUCGACACAGACGGCGGCAAUGACGGUAAGUACGGCACUGAGGGCAGUCCCCGUACUGGGCCGGCGGCGGCAAGCGGCAGCAAGUACGGCACCGAGGGCGAUUUCAGUGCCACACUGGCAGCUGGCGCGAUUGCUACGGAGUCGGAGUCGGAACUGCAGGCCAUCGUACAGCUGGCGGCGUCCGUACUGUCGUACAUGGAGAAUUGCGGCCUACAUGCCAGCAUGCGGGACUUGAAGGCGACGUUGGCGACGCUGUGGCCGUACGGCAUCGAGACUGCCUCCGCCGCCGCCGUCGCCACGGGCAGCGACACAACGUCGGCGCUGUUCGUACCCUCGGUAUCCAACGUGGCGGCCGCCACCGGCGCUGACGACGCUGCUGACACAGCUGUACGGCACUACUCGGUAUCUUGCCCCUGUCCUGCGAUGGAGGGCGGUGGCGGUGGUGGCGGCGAUGGCGGCGGUGGUGGUGGUGGUGGUGGCCGUGGGGAUGGUCCACAGGAUAUGGCCGUCUCAAAAAGAUCUUUCCACUUUCCACUGGUACGUGAUGCUGGCACGGACGAGGUGCCGGCACAGGCAUGUUGUCAGGAUCAUUAG